CGGGGAAGCAGCCAUCUUGGAAUUGAUGGUCAACGAAAGUGAAAGGGUGGAUUGACGUGCUGUUAUAUCCGUUUGAUCGCAGCUAAACACCGACAGGACUAUAGGAAUGACUGGGACGCUAGCUCAGGCUCGUGUACAGCUUCAAAAUGCUGAAAGUUCUCUCCUUUUUAUGCAACAAGAACACGCAAAAACAUUACAGGGACUCUAUGCGGAGAUCAAUAAGCUUCAAAAGAAAUGUGGAGAACUAACUUUCAAACUGGCUAUGAACGCUACAACUGCAAAUGACGAGGAAGCUCAAGUAAAACACACUGUAGAUGAGUCACAAAAAGUACUGGCUGAGUUCAAGACUGAGAACAUUGAGUUAAAGGGAAUUAUUGAAAAGAAGAACAAAAGAAUUGUGGUUCUGGAAGCUCAGCUGAAAACACUGGAUCAAAAGUAUGUCAAGGAUUUAUCUGAAAAAGAAUCUAAUCUAAUUGCUGUGUUAAAGGAACUUGAAAAGAAAUCAGACACUAUAGCAUAUCUGACCUCUCAACUUCACAAUAGCAAAAUACGACAGUCUGGAAGAAAUCAUCAAAAUCAGCCUUCAACUGGGAAAAACAUCACCGAAGUCUCUAAGGAGUCACGAGAAGCAAGAAUAGAAGGUAAUACUGCAGUGGAAAAUGGAUCAUCCCACACAGAUAUCUCAAGUGGAACAUCUUCAAGAACACCUGUUCCACCAAGAGAGGGUACUCCUUCCAAUGUUCAGCGAAGAUAUCGCAGGUCUACUACGUCUCCUGUUCCUCAGUCAUUAGGCACUAAGAUGAAGACUUCAAGAGCUGUUGGAAUCCAAGCCUCACCAAAUGAAAUCCAACUGAAUGUAGCACCUGUGAAAUCAACCAAAGGCAUGCCCUUGCGUCCAAAGCGAGCUUCUUCUCCUUCAAGACCAGGACUAGGAAUUUCAAAAGGUUUGCAGCGUUCUGCAGGAAGGGAAAGACCGUUUCCUGAUGAUUAUGUAGAGUUCCUGAGAACUGGAACAAGACCAGACCCACAGGUAGUGGUUAGGGCUGCACCAGAACCCUUACCACCGAUUUCUGCAAACGAAAGACUAGCUACAACACCCAAGACUCCUUACACAGGAAGGGUCCAAAUGAACAGGGGGCAUUCCUCCCAGGGGGUUCCUGCAACAAUUUACACAGAUGGGUCUACAGCAGUAGAGGAUGUAGGAAAAAUUAUUGUGUCACCAUUGAGUUCACCUGAAAAAGGGUGGCGGCAUAAGCAGCAAUCUCAACAAAAUGGACCAGAAUAAAUAAUUCAACUGUAUUAUAUUUGUAUAUAUCACCAUUUUUUUAUCAACAUGACAAGCCUCAAGUCAUUUGUUUUGACAAAUAGCAUGUACAUUUUAAUGUAAAUAGUGUGUAUAUGUUUCAAUUCUAUGAGCCCUUUUCUGUUGUUAUAAUGUUUUAAGUGAAGUAGUCUUAUGAUUUGUUGAGAGAUAAUAUUAUAUGGUUCAAUAAUAUAUAAUAGAGGAUUGAGGAGUUGACGCAUGUCUCCAAUGAUAGGGACAGAGUGAUUAAAUGUGUACUUUAGAUUGUUCUUAUUUUUCAUGUAAAGGUUUUCUUGUCACUUGCCAAAAGUUUUUAGCUUUUUAGCAAAGGAUUGUAAAAAUCUUAAAUGUACAGAUGUACAGUUAUGUGUAUACAGGGAUGAUAGCCAACAUAGAUAAUUGUUAAUUACAUUAUAGAUAGAAACUGUGAAUACACUUAUAGCAUAAAACUGUUAUGAUAUCAAAACUGAAAAUAUGACUUGAAUUUUGUGGUGAGAAUAUGAACAACUUGAGGGGAUGAGGAUGUUGACAUCCUUACCUGCUUGAUGUUGUAUUAAAGGAAUAAAGACACUGCUUCUUUAUCUGA